AUGCUUGAGGAGCAGAUUGAGCAGAUAAGGCAUGAAACCCAGACUCCCCCAUUGUCGACCGUGGCGGCGCUGCUCCUCAACAAGCACCUGCACAUCAACGGCAUGACGCGAGGCUCCGUCAAGAUCACGGACGACGCUCCCAGCAACGCCGACGCCGCUGCGGGCGGGGGCGGAGGCGCGGGCGGGGGAAAGGCGGGAGCUAAGCCGCCCGCCACGAUCGCCCGCGACAGCUCCAGCACCCACAGCAACGGCGUGACCGCCCACGACUCCUGCCCCGACGGGCCCCCCCACCCGCCGCCCCCGUCGGUCGCCGCUCGCAUCGACUUGCCUAACAGCGACGAUUCAACGCCCACGCCCUCGCCCGGGAGCACGCCCGUGGCCAAGAGGGGCAAGGCGGGCGUGAAGAGAAGGUUUCUGGGCGUGGGCGUGAGGAAGAGCUCUGCGGGCGUGGGCCCCGACGCCAUCAUGGGCGCGGCGGCGACGGGGGAGGCCAAGAAGAAGCAAGCGUCGCUGCACAAGAUGAAGAGGGAGAGGAAGGCUGCGAAGACCCUGGGCAUCAUCGUGUCCGUGUUCCUCCUGUGCUGGCUGCCCUUCUUCACGUGGUACUUGGUGUCCGCGCUGUGUGGCGACUCGUGCGCCGUGCCGGAGGUGGUCGUCACGAUCCUCUUCUGGAUUGGUUAUUUCAACUCCACGCUGAACCCCAUCAUCUACGCCUACUUCAACCGCGACUUCAGAAAGGCUUUCCGCAAGACCCUGCGCCACUACGGGCUGGACUGCGGCGCCUGCAAGCGGUGUUCGCGCGUGCGCUGCGGCCGCGGGAGGAAGCUGAUGUUCUGCGCGGGGCUGGGGGGCGGGCACGAGUCGCCCUCGUCGGAGGUGCAGCCGCGCUCCGCCCUCAGCUCCGAGUACUGCCACAUCGAGAUGACCACCGUGGACAAGGUGGCGCGGGUUGGCUUCGACCACUAG